GGCGUGGCCUGCUCGCUGCAAGCUGCUUUGGAGCCUGGCCGGGCGCAGCAGCGGAGGCAUGUCGGGGCCGAACGGAGAGCCGCAUCUCCCGCUGGGCAGGGGCGAGGAGGACGAGGACGGGGGCUUCGGGGAAGCAGAAUAUGCAGCAAUAAAUUCCAUGUUGGACCAGAUCAACUCUUGCUUGGAUCACCUGGAGGAGAAGAAUGACCAUUUGCACGCCCAGCUGAAGGAACUACUGGAGUCUAACCGGCAGACUCGCCUGGAAUUCCAGCAGCAGUUGAACAAUGAGGAAGACUCAGAUGCUGACAUGCGGGGAUCUGAGCCAGAUACUUAACAUCUGUCUACCUACAGCUGGAUAGAAGCUGGUAGAUCACUGCUGCUUCCAGUUGGACCAUCCUGAUCCAUGGGUUGGAUGUUAAACUUUAAAUAGAAGAGGUGCUUUUGGCUUGUGUGUGUGUUUAACGUCUUAUCUCCACUCUCCUUUGGAUGCAUGGUUUGGAGCAUGUAGCUAUAAGAAAAUGGAAAUCCUAGGGAACAAAGGAUUCUCCCGUCUAGCUUGUGAGAAACGGGGGAGUGGGUGGGAAUCUGUAGAUCUGUUUAGCCUGUAAUUUCUCAUCCUUUAGCUUAUGGGAUCAGGAUAAAGUUGCUGGGAUUUUAUAGUUAGUGGCUUUUCUGGAUGAACAUUGUAGAUUGCAUCUGGGGAGAAGGUACUUCUUUCCAAAUUUGUCGAUCUUUGUGUCGGAGGCUGUGGCUGCAAGCUGAAACGCAUGAAUGAACCACGAUUCCUCUAAGCCGCUGAUGAUUCAUUUCUACUCUGCCUUAUACAUCCCUGAAAUGUAUAAGCAAAAUCGGAGACGGAUGACAGUUUAGCGGGGGGGGGGGGGAG